AAAAUAAUAUUGGUUCCUUUCUAUUGUCUAUGGUUUAAAAACUUUAUUCAAUUUAAAAUGUUUCUUUAUAUUCUAUAUUUAAAAAAAGUCUAAAAGAUAAAUCCAAAAUGCCAGGUUCAAAUUGUUGUCUACCAGGAUGUACAGUUUCAAGAUCUAUUAAGCACAAAGAUAUCACCUUAUUCAGAAUUCCUAUGAGGACAGGAGACUUUUAUAAGAAAUGGAGACAGAGAUUGUUAGCUAUUAUCACUCAGUAUAGAGACUUUGACAAAGAUUUGAAAGAAAGACUCUCAAAGGGCAAUAUUUAUAUAUGUGAGAAUCAUUUUUUAGCAGAAGAUAUUGAAUUGACAAAAACUGGAAGGAAAUCAUUACGCUUAGAGGCUUUACCAACUGUUAACCUACCCAUAAAAUCACAUGAAAAAGAAAAAAAGGUACCUAGAAGACACAUAAGUAUUGUAAAAGAUAUUGUCCCACAGAAGCGAAUAAAUUAUUCAAACUUAAUUGAUUUACAGAAAAAAACCCAAAAGUUAAAACUUAGUGGAUGGGAGAUGACAUGUAAUGAAAACAAUAUCAAAUUUAAAAAGUUAUUGCCUUUGUAUUUGUUACCUAAGUAUGAAGUUGUAGUAGAUGAGAGUUUAGCGUUCACCAUUAUUGUAUUUGGGUGGCUCUUGCCAGAUACUCACUUAAUCUAUAAAUUAUACUCACGAUCAAUGCUGAACACUACAGUUACCGAACUUUUAUGCAAAAUAUGUACAUUAAGAUUUUGUUCUGGUAUUAUAGAAAACAUCAGAAAUAUAAAUAAUGAUGAUUUUGUUGAUCAUAUUGUUCCAAUGGAAUUUGAUUUAGAAAGUGCAAGUACAGAUGGUAUGCGUGUAUCAAAUGAAAGGUUUAAAAGAGCAAAAUCAUGUAUUAUAUUACAUACUAGUGAGUCUGAUAAUAUAAAUUCUGUUUGUUCAUUUUGUACCCACACACUAAAAAAGAACAAAAUGAUUAAAAUAAAAAAACAACAUCAGUUAGCCACACCUGCUCUUCGAAAAGCUCCACUUAGUAAAACAAAUCCUGUUCGCGUUCUAUUAGCAUUAAAACAAGAACGUCUAAGAUGUGCCCAGCUAACAAGUGAUUUAGAAAAAAUAAAUUUUCAAAUAGACUCUAAAGGUAUUACUAUUGAUGAUGGGUUUGUUGAUGAUUUAAAUCAAAUAAUGAGUAGUAACUACGAAAAAGCUACUCCCUUUAUGAAAUUAUUUUGGGACCAGCAAAAGAAAAUGUGUAAUAAAAAUUUUGGCUCAAUAAAGUAUCACCCUAUGAUAAUACGGUUUUGCCUCUCACUUGCCUCAAAGUCGGCCUCAGCUUAUGAUGAGUUGCGCUCAUCAAAUGUACUAACAUUACCAAGUCGCAGAACUCUAAGAGAUUAUAAGAAUUUCAUUCGACCGAAAGCUGGAUUAAAUCCUCCCGUAAUUGAAGAAUUGAAUAAAAUUAGUAUUAACCUAGUUGGCUACCAACGAUAUGUAACGUUAUCUUUUGAUGAAGUAAAAAUACAAGAAAAACUUGUUUUUAAUAAACACACAGGUGACAUUAUAGGUUUUGUAGAUUUAGGUGAACCUGAUUUAUAUUCUACUUUUCAAAAGGAAGAUUCUUUAGCAAGCCAUGUUCUAGUCUACUUCAUUCGAGGUAUUGCUUCUGACUUAAAGUUUGCUUUAUGUCACUUUGCUACUAAAGGUCUCACCUCGUUUCAACUAAUGCCAACUUUCUGGGAAGCAGUUGGAGUUUUAGAACUGACAUGUAAAUUAUAUGUUAUAGCUGCAGUAUCGGAUGGUGCAGCACCAAACAGAAAGUUCUAUCGAAUGCAUAGUAUGUUUGAUGACAAAUUAGAUUGUAAUGUUGUUCAUCGAUGCAUUAAUAUUUAUGCCCCUGAACGGUACUUAUGGUUUUUUGCUGAUGCUCCCCAUCUCAUCAAAACAGCAAGGAACUGUUUAUAUCACUCAGGGGAUGGAAGGGGUACACGAAGUCUUUGGAAUGAUGGACAACAAUUGAUUUGGUACCAUAUCACAAGAAUAGUCAAUGACGAAAUGACAAAAUGGGUUAAAAAUUAUACCAAAGUUAACACAGGAUCAUAUUAAACUUAGUGCU